UUUUAUUUUUCAGAGUUAAAAGCAACAAAUGCUACCGUGGGCCCCCGAUCAUUUAUUCUCAGGAAUUCCGAUGACGGUGGGUUUGAACACAUCCCAGUGGAGGACUACGAGGAGAGAAAUGAAAGCAGGUUAACUGGAGACAGGAGCUCCGUCAAUCACAGCAGCCCUCUUCAGAACCGACGACCCCCUGUGUUCAUCUCGAAGGAUGCGUCCGGGUACCUGACCAGCGCCUGGUUGACUCUCUUCAUCCCCUCCGUCUACACCGGCGUGUGUGUGGUCAGCCUUCCCCUCAACGUCAUGGCCAUCGCUGUGUUCGUCUUGAAAGUGAAGGUGAAGAAGCCGGCCGUGGUGUACAUGCUGCACCUGGCCGCGGCCGAUGUGCUCUUCGUGUCCGUGCUCCCGUUCAAGAUCAGCUAUUACUUCUCCGGGAGUGAUUGGAGGUUUGGGUCCGAGAUGUGCCGCUUCGUGACGGCGGCGUUCUACUGCAACAUGUACGCGUCCAUCAUGCUCAUGACCGUCAUCAGCGUGGACCGGUUUCUGGCCGUGGUGUACCCCAUGCAGUCCCUCUCGUGGCGUACCACAGGGAGGGCGUCCUUCACGUGCCUGGUCAUCUGGGCUCUGGCCGUCGCGGGGGUGGUGCCCCUUCUGCUCAAGGAGCAAACCACCCGGGUGCCCGGGCUCAACAUAACCACCUGCCACGACGUGCUGGGUGAGACCGUCCUCGAAGGCUACUACGCCUAUUACUUCUCGGCCUUCUCUGCCGUCUUCUUCUUUGUGCCGCUGGUCGUCUCCACGGUCUGCUAUGUGUCCAUCAUUCAGUGCCUCAGCUCCUCCACGGUCGCCAACCGGAGCAGGAAGUCCCGGGCUCUCUUCUUGUCUGCUGCUGUUUUCUGCAUCUUCAUCAUUUGCUUCGGACCCACAAACGUCCUCCUGGUUCUGCAUUACGCGUUCCUUCCUCAUGACCCCGGCACGGAGGCUGCCUACUUCGCCUACCUCCUCUGUGUCUGUGUCAGCAGCGUGAGCUGCUGCAUCGAUCCCUUGAUCUACUACUAUGCUUCGUCCGAGUGCCAGAGGUACCUCUACAGCAUCUUAUGCUGCAAAGAAAGUUCCGAUCCCAGUAGCAGCAGCGGUCAGUUGAUGGCAAGUAAAAUAGAUACCUGCUCUAGUAACCUGAAUAACAGCAUAUACAAGAAGCUGUUAACUUAGGAAGAGGGGCUGCUGGAGGGUUGCAAAGAAGAGUUUUCAAAAGCAAAGAACCUGAGGAUUUUAUUGGUCCGUGCCAAAAAAGUAUUUACUUUAUCAUUUUAAACAACAAAUGUGUGAUUUGCAUGCCUCCAUCUUAAGAGAGCCAUUAAGGGUAUGUAUUUGUUAGUUAUAGAAAGAGGUCGCAUCAGUAGAAAACAAUGUUAUUCCAAGAUAGUAUUGCUGAUGCUGCAAUAAUAAUUGAAUGUUACUUUAGAUAUAUUUAGGUGACUUACAUAUAUAUGUGUGUACACAUACACACACACACACACACACACACACACACUUCUGUCAGUUGCAAUGCAUUAUAGAACAGACACUUUGAAACCCUCUUUUUUCCUCAAGAGAUUAUAAAAAUAAACUCUGAUUCUCUGAUUUAAUAUGCAAAGUUUAGGUAGGCAGAGUUUACCACUGAACAUCUGAAGAUGUCCAUCAAUAGUGACGUCCAUCAAUAGUUUGGACUUACACAGCUUUUGCAAAUAAGUUUAUUUUGAAAUUGUUCAACAUCUUUAAAUUAUUGAGAGAUGAGUGUGAUCUGUGUGUAGAGAAAGUUCUGUUUUUCAUUUUAAACAUAUCAAAGUUUGAAUUCUUUAAAUUAUGGAAACAUGAGAUGGGUAGCAUUUUUGAUGUUUUAUACUAUGUAAACCAAGAAUGACCUACUAGUGACUUGAGGUUGGCUUUCAAACUAACCCACCCCGGAUGGAGGACUGCAAGCAGUGCAUACAAGGCAGGGUUGUCCAGACCCCUCUAGCUGAGCUCCUAGAGAGCGCAGGGGUUGACACCACCACACUUGCUCUCUCUCCUGGGGUCCCCUCGGGUUGGAUCAUGUUUAGUAGAAAUUGGCAGAGUAGGAUGUGCUAUCCCAGGAGAUAAUGAAUAUCUGCCCAUUCAUUUUAAGAACAAAGAUAGAAGGCAUGUUCAUUUCUGGCAUUUACUCUGCUAGGUCCAUUCUCAGAUGGGAGCACCCAAGGCGCAAACAUGAAUACCCUUUAUGUGCUUCGGGCACUCUCAUGGGUGCGGGGCAAUAGAGUUGAGUAAGACUAGGACCUGCCCUCAAGAAGAACAAAGUAGACCAGACCUAGAGUGUGAUAUGUGUGUAGUAAGUAUGUCAUUAUGUAAAGAAGUGUUUUUAGCCAGAUGUCACCAAAGAAGUUUCACAGAGCCUGCCAGUUGAAAAACUUUGAACAUUUGGAUUACUGCUUCCUGUGGUCAUAACUUGAGUUGAAAACACAAUACAGUACAGGAAGUGCAUUUUACAAAUAAGUCCUUCAGUCUACAUUAAUUGGACACUGUAUUUACAAAUGUUUUCAAUAAAUUACCCAAGCCAGGUUCUCAAAAAAGAAAUUCAUCAGUCUGAUUAGAAGUAGCAGAAGAAACUUAAAUUGACUUUGAAUUCUAGCAAAAUUAUUCUGUUUUCUAUUCACUUUUCUUAAUAGCUGAUGAGGUGAUUUUAAAAGUAUUUUUUAACCCCAGGAUGAGUAUCAAAUACAGUAACUCCUCAUGGCUUUGACAGAAUAAUUUGAAAAUUAAGUUGAAAUGUAUCUGUUUUCCAUAUGAAAAAAAUGUUGGCAUCUUAAACUAAAAAAUGGAAAGUUCCAAGGCAAAUGUUUACCUAUUUAAAAGAACAAACUAUCUCCAAAUGCUAUAGAAUAAUUUACAUUAAAGUAUGUAUUAUAAGUAGAAGCUAACAUUGAUUUUAUUAAUUUAGUUGCUAUACUCAUUUUAUCUAACUCGGUAGAGAUUACUGUCAUUGUUUAUUCAGCCUGUGUAUGUAUGUGUGUAUAUAUAUAUAUAAACACCUCUGACUUAAUAUGACCAUCAUUACUAUAUUAUCAGUCUGUACUUAUAAAAUAUUAUGUCACUGUUUUUAUGUUCUCUCUUUUUUAAAAAUGUGUGUAACCUAUCUUAAUAAACGUGAAAGUUUGCUUGGCACCUGUU